AUGAAAUAACCAUUUAUAAAUCACAAUUAUAGGGUUUAAUUUAAGCAUCCUAUCAACAUCCAGUAAGAAGGUCUAAUAUCGGAAAUAAUAUCUUGUCGCAUUUCACUUUUCAAAACCGUAUUAUUUGCCUUUCUCUCCUUAAUUACAUGUGGCUUACUCUAUUUAGUUACAAGGUGGGACUUAAGAAUUUUCCUAUUUUUCCGCGCCAAGAAGUGUGUCCCUUAAUCGGCCACUCACUUUUUAAUAAUAGGACAAGGUAAGAACAUUCGUUAAUUCAUUUUAGACAAAUCCCAAACUCUGGUUAAAUCGAAUUUUUCCAAAGAUGGAGAUCUUUUUAUCGAGUACAGAUUAUAUAGGUACUAUUACACCGAAUAUGCUUUCGACCCAAUAGAAACAAAAUAUUAGACCAUGGUCUAGAUGGAUAUCAGACAGUAGUCAAUAAAUCGGAACUAGCAGCUGGACACAUUUGGAUAUAACAAUACAGAAAUACCAGACAAAGGAAUUGUAAAAACUCUGAUUGAAGAAGUUCUAAGCCCAUUUUACAUAUUUCAAUUUUGUUCUGUGCUAUUGUGGUUUUGGGCAUCAUAUCAGCGAUAUGCAACAGUAAUUUUAAUUACAUCAUUGAUUUCAAUAUUUAUAACACUCUAUGAAUAAAGAAAAAGUUUCUAUCGCUUAUAAUAAUUGUCCAAAUUUAACAUUCCAGUGCAAAUACUAGAUGAAGGGUAAGUGAAGGAAAUCGAAUCAAUAAGCUUAGUGCCUGGUGAUAGGUUGUUCAUAAAGGAUGGUAUGAUCAUGCCUUGUGAUGCGAUUCUAUUAAAUGGUUAGGUUAUAUUUAAUGAGGCAAUGUUAACAGGAGAAUCCAUUCCAGUAUUAAAGACAGAACUCCCAAAUAAUAAAGAAAUUUAUGAUCCCUUGGAUUCAGGCAAACAAUUUACACUCUUUGCAGGGACAACUUCUAUGGAAACCAAAGGAUAAGAUGUAAUUGCUUUAGUUACUCAAACAGCCUUUAAUACUCAAAAAGGACAAUUAAUUAGAUCGAUAAUGUUUCCAGUUUAGAACUCAUUUAAAUUUUAUGCUGAUUCUAUGAAAUUCGUAGGCAUAAUGGCAAUCUUAGCAGUGAUUGGGUUCAUAAUAACAGUUCCCAAUAAGAUUGAUUAUCUCUUAGAUGGUUCAAUAUCAACUUGGGAAUUCAUCAAUGAAGGUCUGGAUUUGAUUACAAUAACAGUGCCACCAGCAUUGCCAACCUGUUUACAAAUAGGUGUAAGUAUAGCAUUGGCAAGAUUGAAGAAUUCUAAAAUAUUUUGUAUAUCACCCUAAAAAGUAAACAUAAGUGGAAAGGUGACGAUAAUGUGUUUUGAUAAGACAGGAACUCUAACAGAAGAGGGAUUAGAUAUGUAUGGUAUUAGGAUGAUAGAGAAUCAGAGAUUUUCAAAGAUUGUAACAUCAAUAGAUGCAAAUACUGAUGUUAAUUUUAUCAAAGGAAUGGCUACUUGUCAUGGGUUAUCGUAGGUAAAAGGUAAGUUAGUGGGUGACCCUUUGGAAUUGAAGAUGUUUGAAUCUACAAAUUGCGAAUUGAUAGAAGAGAAGGAUGGUAGAAUAAGAAUUAGAAAUAAUGAUAGAAUCAAUGUGGAAAUAAUGAAGAGAUUCGAGUUCUCCUCUAAAUUGCAGAGAAUGUCAGUGAUAGUUAAAGAGAAUGGAUAAUACAUUGCAUAUAUGAAGGGAUCACCUGAGAAGUUAAGAUAAUUAUUUUUGGAUUUCUACGCUUUGAAUGGAUUUAGAGUACUAGGAAUGGCAUAGAAGUCUGUUUAAUAAGUAGAUUUGGAUCGAAAUGAGGUUGAGUCAAAUUUAAAUUUCAUUGGAUUCAUUAUCAUGGAAAACAAGUUGAAACCAAUUACUACCAAGAUUAUCAAGUAGUUGAAGGAUUCUCACAUCAGAUCAAUUAUGUGUGGCAAGAUAAUGUGGAUAAUUUAAAAUUAAAGAGUGUAUUUGGGAGAAUUGAGUGAGAAGAAAUACAAUGGAAAAUAUUAUGUGUCUUGGAAAGAUUUCGAAUACAAUUAGAAUGAAUUGAAUGAAGACACUUUGGAACCACAAUAAUAAAUCAUUAGUAAUCUUGAUGAAAUUGAAAAAGAUGUAGAUGUUCAAUAGGAUUUCGAAUAUUUAAAUUAGAGAUCAUUCUCUAAAAAUUUAGUUAAGAAUAAAUCUUUGCUGGAAGAUCCGCCUCCUGUUAACGUUUAACUUGAUAACAUUAGUGAAAUUUAUACUGACGGAGAUUUCAUGGAAGAACAACCAUGGAAUGAAAAUGAGAAUUACAUUUUAGCUAUUUCUGGUGGUGCAUUUAUGCAUUUGAAUAAAUAUGGAUCCUAAGCAACUCUUAAUAAUAUCCUUGAAAAAACAAUUGUUUAUGCUAGAAUGAGACCAGAAGAAAAGGCAAAUCUAAUUUUAUAGUUAUAGAAACAUAAAUCAGCAAAUUUAGUUGGAUUCUGUGGAGAUGGUGCUAAUGAUUGUGGAGCCUUGAAAACAGCUGAUGCAGGAAUUUCAUUGUCAUUAGCAGAAGCAUCUAUUGCUGCACCAUUCACUAGUCAAAUCCAAGACAUUUCAUGUGUUCCAAUAUUGUUAUCAUAAGGCAGAGCAGCCUUAACUACUUCAUUUUGUUGUUUCAAAUUCAUGGCAUUGUAUUCAAUGAUUCAAUUCAUCUAAGUAACCAUCCUCUAUCUAAAAUAAUCAAAUCUAACUGAUAAUCAAUACCUUUACAACGAUCUAUUUACAAUAUUCCCUUUAAGUAUGACUAUGGGAUUGGUGUAAGCAGCUUAAAUUAAUAAAUACGUGCCAGGAUCCUCAUUAAUAAGUUUCACUGUAUUGGGUUCAGUCAUCGGAUAAACAAUUAUUCAACUGGUCUUUCAAUUAGGAGUCUAUCUAUUAUUGUUAUAAUAAUCGUGGUUUAUUCCGAAUGAACAACUGAAUUAAGAGGAUCUUAACGAUGAUUCUAUGAAGAUUUGUUUUGAAAAUACUACCCUGUUUGUUUUUGGUAAUUUCUAGUACUUGAUGAUUGCCUUGGCAUAUUCAAAUGGAAAACCUUUCAGAAAGCCAUUCUACACCAAUUUCUACUUCAUAGGUAGUACAAUAUUCCUGUUCAUUCUUGCCCUUGUGUUUCUUAUGUUGAGGGUUGAUUAUAUAGAUGAUAUCAUGGGAUUUAUAUUUCAAAGUUACGAUGAUCAAAACAUAAUGCCUGAAUCUUGGACCUUUUUAUUAGGAAUCAUAGCUAUCAUUAAUGCUGUUUUUACAAUUCUAUAUGAAAAGAUGGUUGUACCAAAAUUUGUAGUCAAAAAGAAAGUGCAUCCAAUACAAUUCUGA